CUUCCUCACCAGUAGAGGUCGCUCUUAAACGUACGGCCACGUAAGUCAGGGUCGUAUUAUCCCUUACAGCAUUAUUUUAGCAAGUUAUAUUUACCUCCUGUGAUAAUAUGUGAGAAUGGUAUAACUACACAAAAGUGUAUACAAAGUUUCAUGUGUUGUGACAUCGUCCCGUUAGCGAUUGCGAAGCCAUGUCUCACAUACCGAAUCCGUAUAACAAUGCUCCCGGGACCUACAACUCAAAUCCUGCUAUGUUUCAACAAUUCAAUCAAACGCUGACGAGACAACUGCCUCCGAAACAAGACACGAAACCAAUCAUUCCUACAAGCAUUCAAGGGUUCAACCACCAAACGAAUCCAUAUAAUGACGAAAGUGCCAGCAGUUCGCCAGCUUUUAAUAAUACUGGAAUGAUGCCCCUUCCAACAAGCUUACAGUCAUCCCCCAUGAGGCCCGUUAAGCCAGUGCCAAGUCAACAGCAGGCUCAAAGCAUUCAGAACAUUCCACUGAGCUCAUCCAGCCCACAUUCAAUGACCAACACUAACCAAUCAAACUCUCCAUAUCAUCCUCAAUACCAUCAAAUCAAUAAUAAUGCCCCACCUCUAAUUCCUUCUAGUCUAAACAACCAGCCAAACAUGAAUGGUCCAAUGAGUGCCCCAAAUGCACUCCCUAAUCAAUAUCCAGCAGCAUCCAAUUCAUUCAGUCCAGCUCCUAUGAAUCGCCCUCCGACAAUUAAUACUUUCAGUACAAAUCAAAGUUACAGAACAAAUCACACAUCCCAAACUUCAUCUCCUCAUGCUGUAAACCAUCAGCCUAACGUUCCAUUUAAUGGACCAUCUGGUCCCAGAAAUAGUCCUCUAACUACAGGACAGCAAGUUAAUUCCCUCACAUCUAGUAUGGCAAAGUUGCCGCCUAUUUCUGGACCACCUGGGCCACCGAGAAGUCAAAACAGUUUAAUUAAUGGACCGAUGCAAGGCCAAGCUCCGCUUAACAACAUGGGACCCCCAAAAAAUAUGUCCCAUGGGCCGUCUUCUCUACCCAUAGGUCAACCGGGAGUCCCAUUACGACCUACGGGACAAACAAACCAACAGCCACCCCUUAUUAAUAGUUCCCAACCAAACUUCAUCACUGGACCACCUAGCGGCCCUCAAAGUAUGCCAAUCGGGCCAGGACAAGCGCCUCCUAUGGUACAACAGCCUAGACCUGGCCCAGCAAGCGGCCCAUCUUCCAUGACGAGUAGAUAUCCACAGAUGCCUUACACGAAUCUUAGCCCACAGCAACAAAUGCAAGUCCAACAGAACAUUGCUAAACAGUUUCCCACACAUAACUUGUACGACGUGAACCAGCAAGGCGGACAGCUCAGUGUGACUAAGCAGGGCUUCAAUCAGCUUUGGGGUCAUCAGAUGGUGGACUUGAUGCAGUGUAAGCACAUUCUGCCAGAAUAUCCCGAAGAUCCACCGGAAAUAAGGCUCGGACAACAGUUUGCUGAGGCCAAUAACUGCAGCCCAGAAAUAUUCCGUUGCACUGUCAACCGUAUCCCGGAGACGAAUUCUUUAUUGCAGAAGUCUAGACUGCCUCUCGGUAUCCUGAUCCAUCCGUUCAAAGACCUCAAUCAUCUCCCCGUAAUACAAUGUACUACUAUAGUCCGCUGCCGGGCGUGUCGCACCUACAUCAACCCCUUCGUUCACUUCGUCGACUCCAAGAGAUGGAAAUGCAACCUUUGCUACCGGGUCAAUGAAUUGCCCGAGGAGUUCCAGUAUGACCCCGUGAGCAAGUCCUACGGCGACCCGUCCCGGAGGCCGGAGGUGAAGUCGGCGACGAUAGAGUUCAUCGCGCCCAGCGAGUACAUGCUGCGACCGCCGCAGCCGGCCGUCUACCUGUUCCUGUUCGACGUCUCGCAGAACGCCAGGGAGUCGGGAUACCUGCAGGUGGUGUGUGAUACUCUGAAGUCUAACCUGGAACAGCUGCCGGGGGACGCCCGCACUCAAGUCGGCUUCAUCUGUUACGACGAGCACAUUCACUACUACCUCAUGAGUGACGGACUCUCCAAACCAAGGGAAAUGACCGUUUUGGACGUUGAAGAGGUGUUUCUCCCGUCGCCGGAGUCGCUGCUGGUGAACCUACUGGAGCAUCGCGCGAUCGUCGUGGAGCUGCUGUCGGUGCUGCCCCGCCGGUACAGCUCGCCCACCGCCCCCGCCAGCGCCCUCGGCCCGGCGCUCCAGGCCGCUUACAAGCUCAUGGCCCCGACCGGAGGCAGGGUGACCGUGUUCCAAACGUGUCUGCCUAACGUGGGCCCCGGCGCAUUAGAGUCCAGGGAGGACCCCAACGCCCGCUCGGCCCAGGACGUGCGUCACCUGUCCCCGGCCACGGACUUCUACAAGCGGCUGGCGUUAGACUGUUCGGGCGUGCAGGUGGCCGUGGACCUGUUCCUGCUCAGCUCGCAGUACUGCGACCUCGCUACCAUCAGCGGUAUGAGUAAGUUCAGCGCGGGUACGGUGCACCACAUCCCGCUGUUCCGCGCCAGUCGUCAAUGGCAGGCGGAGCUGCUGACGCGCAUGCUGUGUCGCUACCUCACCCGCAAGAUAGGCUUCGAGGCCGUCAUGAGGGUCCGCUGCACGAGAGGGAUAUCCAUCCACACGUUCCACGGCAACUUCUUCGUGCGCUCCACGGACCUGUUGUCUCUGGCCAACGUGUCUCCGGACGCUGGGUUCGCGAUGCAGCUCAGCAUCGACGAGUCGCUGACGGAGCUGCAGCACGUGUGCUUCCAGGCCGCUCUGCUGUACACCAGCAGCAAGGGUGAGCGUCGUAUCCGCGUGCACACGCUGUCGCUCCCGGUGGCCAGUACGCUGCCGGAUGUGUUGCACUCCGCGGACCAGCACGCCGUCAUCGGUCUACUCGCUAAGAUGGCCGUGGACCGCUGCGUGUCGGCGUCCAUGUCGGAAGCGAAGGAGGCUCUGAUGAACGCCGCAGUGGAUAUGUUGAGCGCCCACCGCCUCGCCCACAGUUUGCCCACGGGUGACCAGAGCGCCUCCCUGCACGCGCCCACCACGCUCAGACUACUGCCGCUACUGAUACUGGCGCUGCUUAAACGGAAAGCAUUCCGCACGGGCACGUCGACUCGCCUGGACGAGCGUGUCUCCGACAUGCUGUUCCUGAAGACCGCGCCGCUGGCGAGUCUCCUGCGGGCCGUGCACCCCGACCUGUACGAGCUGCACACGCUCUCCAGCCAGCACCAGCCGCCGCGGCUCCAGCUGUCCGCCGAGAGACUGAGCCUGGACGGCGCGUACCUCCUGGACGAGGGGGAGACCAUGGUGAUAUACGUGUGUCGGGGGGUCAGCGCCGCCUGGCUGUCCGAGGCGCUGGGGGUCAACUCGUUCGCAGAGCUGCCGGCCGAGGGUCGCGACCUGCCGCACUUAGACACCGGCCUCAACGACCUGCUGCACGGGUUCAUCGACCGCCUCAACGAGGACCGCCCUUACGCCGCCGGCCUGCUACUGCUCAGAGACGACUCGCCGUCCCGCCAACUGUUCACGGAGCGCCUGGUGGAGGACCGCGUGGAAUCCGCCUUCUCCUACUACGAGUUCCUGCAACACCUCAAGAGCCAAGUGAAAUGAGUGAGCGACUCGCGAUCGACUUGCGCCUUACGGACUGGACGUUACUGUGACACUGCCCCUAAUUAAGGUUCCCCUGUCCCGGAUCCGAAUAUGCAACAGUUCCGCCGAGCCGAGCCGGACAGCAUACGGUAGUAAUAACGACUCGAGAGCUGUCCGGUCGGCGAGUCCUCGUGGGCGCGUCAGGACAAUACGUCUGUGGGCGGGCGGAGGUCGUCUCGCGUUUUUAUAGUAUUUUUGUAUAUAAUCGUCUAUGUGCAGAGUGUAGGGCGGGCGGUCGGGCCGUCGCGGCUGUCUGCAUGCAAUAAUUAUAACGAAAGUGUAUCGGUUAAGGUGUCCGUUCCUUCGACCCCUAUGUAUGUACUCGCUGUUACUGUAAGGAAUGUUUUAUACGCAGUGUACCGUCUCCCGCGGCUCCACUCGCCGCGUGCUCGCCGUCGGUGGCGAGUCAUUGUUUAAUUGAUUUACAUUUCAUUUUAUCGUUAUAUCUAUAUUUAUAUAUUUUAAUAUAUUUUUCGAACAACCGAUUUCGUUUUGGAUGUCGUGUAAAAUAUUCCGUUUCGUCGUCCAGCGCCGAGGAAUCUUGGUAGCUAGAAAAAGCAUGUUUCAUAGUAAGGGAGCGGAGCCUGGCUGCGAUCCGUGGAAUCUUUUGUAUGGCCGAAAAUUAAAUUAGUUGCCGCGGGCUCGCGUGACGCGGCGCGGCCGGCUCGGGUUCACUAUAACAUAUAUUAAUAUUAUUUGUAGAAAAAAAAAACAAUCACAUUAAAUUAUUUCGCAUGUAAAUAUUUACGGUAAAAUAUCUAAAUUAAAUGUAAUCGGUGACGUCGGCUGACUGAACUGGACCGGAGUCUACAGACUUGUUUCAAUAAAACAAAUGCAAAUUA